AUGGCCUUAAGAUAUACGCCCCUUCAGUCCUUUGUGGAAUCUUCGUUCUUCACAGAGCUCUCGGACCGCAAGCUCAAUGACUAUAAGCUCGACUCUGCCCCUCGCCCGAUCCUGGGGUUCAUGACGCUGCCUUUACAUCUCAACAAGUUUAACGAUAAGCCGAUCAUCAAUCUUGACUACACGAGUUUUGAAGAGCCUGAAGAUAGCGAGACCACAAAUACUGUCGCUGGGGAAUUGCUCAAUGUUAAUACCAUCGAGGAGUUCAAGCUGUUUGACAAGUUGAGUUCGCUCAAGCUGUGGGGAGAGGUGUUGAGAAAGGAGAUGGAACAGAGCGAUAAGGGAUUUACGGAAAAGUUCUACUUAUUGGCGUUUGCUGAUUUGAAAAAGUACAAAUACUACUACUGGCUAGCCUUUCCCUUGCUCCACUCACGCUGGCUGUUGAUCGAGCUGACGAACAAUAACGAGUACGAACUUCAGAUCGAAGAGUACCUCAAGAAGAAACCUUCGACAUUUCUCUCGGUCCAGGGAGACGAGAUUGUGGCCUUCAACAGCAGUUUAGACUCUUCGAUGUUUGUUUAUGUGGACACUUGCCUUAAUCCAGAUAACUGGCCUCUGGUUCAGCUCAGGAAUUGGCUCUACUACCUUGCCCUUAAGGGUCACAAAUGCAUCAAGCUUUUGGUUUACCGCAACAAUGGUCUGUCUCAAACGCUCAAGUUGGCUUUAGACGAAGGUUUUGACAUAAAAGAGGCACCUAAAGUGACCGGGUGGGAAAGAACGGUUCAGGGCAAGCUUGGGCCCAAAUUGGCCGACUUGGGGUCGCUUAUAAACCCACUGCAACUUGCCGAACAGGCAGUAGAUCUAAAUUUGCGCCUCAUGAAGUGGAGGGUGGCGCCCCAGCUCGAUCUUGAUAUCAUCAAAGAGCAAAAGGUGCUACUUUUGGGUGCUGGCACCCUUGGUAGCUAUGUGGCGAGAGCGCUCCUCGGCUGGGGUAUCCGAAAUGUUACUUUCGUGGAUAACGGCCGUGUAUCAUACUCAAAUCCAGUUAGACAGCCUCUUUUUGCUUUCAAAGACUGCUUCAGCGAUGGUAGACAAGGAGCCCCCAAAGCCGAACGUGCUAGCGCAGCCCUCAAAGAGAUUUACCCUUCGGUUUCUUCCAAGGGGUAUAAUAUGACAGUUCCUAUGAUUGGGCACCCUGUCACAGAAGGAUCCAAUAUGGAAGAGAACUACAAUAAGCUUGAUGAGCUUUUUGGUGAGCACGAUGUGAUAUUUUUGCUCAUGGACUCUCGGGAGUCUCGCUGGCUCCCCACAGUGAUGGGAUUGGCACAUGAUAAGAUUGUUAUCAAUGCUGCUCUUGGGUUCGACUCUUAUCUUGUCAUGAGACACGCUUCACUUAGUACAGAGAAUCGCUUGGGCUGCUAUUACUGUAACGACGUGGUUGCACCAAGUGACUCCCUUCUGGACAGAACUUUGGACCAGAUGUGCACUGUGACACGUCCAGGUGGAGCCUUGAUGGCCUCAUCUAUUGCAGUAGAGCUUCUUGUAUCGAUUUUGCAGAAUCCCAAAAAACAGCAUGCACCUGCAGGGGACAGCACUAAGUUUGGAGAAGUUCCCCACCAAAUAAGAGGCAACCUCAACACAUUCCACCAGUCAAAGCUUUGGGCACCUGCUUACAAGCAUUGCAGUGCCUGCUCAAAAGCUGUUGUAGAGGGAUAUAAUGGAGAGAAGUGGGAGUUUGUCAAGAGGUGCUUGAAUGACAAGAGCUACUUGGAGGAGAUAAGCGGGCUUCGACAAGUACAAGAAGAAGCCGAGAAAGCUCUAGAAGAAUUCGACUUUGAGGAUGAAGUCGAUGAUUUUUAG